AUGCCACCCACCAAUUUCUCUACUCUCGCACGCCGCUACUCAAGCUACAACUGCACCGACUAUCUCUACAUGCGAGAAUGCGAACCCCACCGCAUCAUCAUCAGUGCCAUCGUCGCCUUAGUCAUUUUUCUCGUCAUAGUGGUCAUCGUCCUGCUCUGCGUCCGGCACCGCAAGCACAAGACUCGCAACGCCCAAGCUCAAGCUCAAGCUCAAGCGCAAGCGCAACACCGAAACCCACAGCUGCAGAAACAGACUGUGCUUGCAAUGUACGACGCAGAGCCUGAGCUGCGAGCUCCGCCGCCGGCAUAUGCUAGAUUCGACCCGGAAAGCGGCGUGAGGAGGGGCGUGUGA